GAGUUUUAAUUUCUUCCAUUUCUUUACUCCGCUCCAGUCACGAUCAUUUCAGUCUUUCUCACACCACGACAACGACGACCGCUUGCCUGAAUACAUUCUCUUCAGGUUGAACGCUAUCAUUCUGCUUGAUUAGCAACUGCUUUGUCAAUUGAUAGAUAUGGCAUCAUCUGUUUUUUACAAGUUCAGCUCGAGAAGAGACGAAUCGAGGGUGUCCUUUGAUGGCACCGGUAUCUCUGUUUUUGAUCUCAAGCGCGACAUUAUCUUAGCAAACAACAUGGGAAAAGCGAACGAUUUUGACCUGUACAUCUAUGACAGUGCGUCCAAGCAAGAGUACAAAGACGACUCCGAAAUUAUUCCUCGUUCUUCCUAUGUCAUCGUCAAGCGAUUACCAGCCUCCCGUCCUGGCAAGGGUAAGGCCUCAAUGUAUAUCGCCGGCGCUGCGAACGUCGUACCAACAUCCGAACCUGUAUCGAGAAACGGAUCUACAUGGCACAAGGGUGCAUUAUCAAAACGAUUUGAUGGAAAGGACGAAGCUCCGCAAAGACCCCCUACUGCACCGACUGCACCUACACCCGUUGCGUCAUCUGUGACCAAGGGUGACGAAGCAGCCGCCAUGGCUGCAAUGUUUCAAGCCCAAACUGCGAAUUGGGAAGAGACACAGGAAAAAAUGUCCCACGCUCCUCGUAUUUACAACAAUCCUCGAGGAACGGGGUUCUCUCGUGGUGGCAAACCUCAUUCGGUACACCAGCCCUAUCAAGUACCAGACAGACCGUUGCCUCCCAGUUAUGUCUGCUAUCGCUGUGGUCAGAAAGGACACUGGAUCAAGGAUUGUCCUACGAACAAUGAUCGUGAAUACGACAAUAAGCCCCGCAUAAAGCGAACGACAGGCAUUCCACGGAGUAUGCUUAAGGCGGUGGAGAACCCCGUCGGUGCACAAAUUGGACAGGGAGUCAUGGUCACACCCGAGGGCGGUUAUGUCGUUGCUCAACCUGACAUAGCCUCGUGGCAAAAACAGGUAUCACGAACCAAAGCACUCACCGCUGCCGAUGUCCGUGAACGUGUACCCACAGAUGCCAGUCUUGUUUGUUCCAUCGACAAUAAACUCUUCCGUGACGCUGUGAAGACUCCUUGCUGUGGCACGCUAUAUUGCGAAGAGUGUAUACAGACGCACCUUCUAGAGCGAGAUUUCAUAUGUCCAAACUGUGCUAAGAAAAUUGCAUCCCUGGAUGAAUUGGCUGCGGAUAAGCCGAUGCGUACUCAAGUAACGGACUACAUCGAAAAGGCUAUCGAAACGAGUAAAACGGAAGCUGAAGAAGAAACCAAACCAACAACUGAUGACGCUGCUCAGCAGGAAGAACCAAAUCUGGAACAAGACUUCUAUACCGACCAACAGCCUGGUGUAGAUGUAAACAUGCAGGAAAUGCUUGUAAACAGCAUCCCUCAACUACAAGCGCAGAUUUCUCAGAUCUCCGUCAUGCUUCAAAAUGCCUCCCUCCCGAUGCAAGUACGACAGACGACCGAAAUGCAAUAUCAGCAGCUCCAAAUGCAGUUACAGCAAGCCCAGACCUUCUCUGCAGCGCUGGCAACUAUCCAACAACAGCAACAAAUACAACAGCAGGUCCAGAAUGCUAAUGGAGCGGCUUAUAACAACAUGGCGGCUGCCUGGUCGAACCCGUUCGUAAACCAACAACCUGCCGGACAAGACUCGGCAUACCAGCGUUUACCAGUCAAUAAUCGGCGGCGGAACUUGAAGCGAGAGCGUCCUUCAGAUUUUCUGGAAGUUGGUGGUGAACCUGAUAACAAGGUGGCGAGGUAUUGGGAGUGAUUGACAGAGCACGUACAUAUGGUUUUCUUUGCAUUGGCAUCAUGGACAUGUACAAAUUGCACGCAUUUUAAUCGUAUUCAAUUUAAUUCGCUGGACAGUGUACACGCGAGAACAAGGAAAAGAGCAGUUCUAUCACAACUUUGGCGCUGAGGGAAAAUUA